AGUUGGCUUCGUACUUUGGUGGCUUAAACACGAUGCGCUGCUAGAGCCUCGGUGAGAAGGCUAAAGUGCUAUUCGCGUGUGAUCUGCACAAAGUCGUGAGCGCAGUCUGCGCUGCCCGGAAAGAAAAAUCCUAAUCGCAAAACAGUGAAUGGGUUAACUUGAUACACCACACACAACUCCUGAUAUCAGGUCGUGAUUAAGUUGAGCCACUUUCGAAAGUGGGCUCUCGUUUGCUGCAAUUAGCCAGUCGCGGCGAGUGGCCAGUUGAAUUAUCAGUUCAGAAGAUGUUUGCCGAUGGCAUCCAAGAAAAUAUUACGAUCGGGGGAAUAAAAUGUGAACGAGCAACAUCUGGUUCAGCCACGGGUUCGCUACAUUUAAUUACAAAUUGCCUCCUGUAUUCGCGCCGAAUGGCAAGAGAAACUUCAUGCGUUCUCGCGGGGUGGAACGAGAAUUGAAGGUGAAAAUUGCGUUGUGGUGAGGGAAAAGGUCCGCGGCGGAAGAAUGAGAAUGAGCAUGAUUGUGAAUGUACACCGGUCUAAUCACGAAGAUAGCAUCGGCAUUUAUGCGUUUCCUGUCUUGGGAUGAUAAUUAAGAGCACUACAGAGUGCAAGAAGUUUUGCAAUUUAAUUAGUGUUCAUCAGCAGUGUGGAAUAUUGCGCAAAGCAUAAAGAUUCUUGGUGUUAAUCCAAUCAGGUCCGUGGGAAGGGCACAAAAGGUGGUACGGAAUUCUUGGCCGGCUUGGCAGAGUCAAAAGGGCUCAUGGCAACGGGCGAAGUUCGUCCUCCCGCUUUUCCAUAAAAGAUCUCACCCUCUUUGGAUGCUCGGUACCAUCGGGACGAUCUUGGCCAUCCUGCAGCCCCCCGAGGAGGGUGCCGGCUUCCUAUGGGCAAGUGUGCCUCCAAAGAGCCGGUUACUGGACUAAAUGAAUUCGGAAGCUCUCCGUAUCUGGCCAUCUGCAACGAAGAUGACAUCAUCUACAUCAAUGUGGGUCAAUCGGAAAGUAAGAAAGCAUCCAAGAAGGCCUCGGCCGGCCUUGAAACCAAGGGCACGGCCAUGUCUUUUGGAUUCAAGAAGCACAAAAUACCACAGACUGGCGGGACUCACAAACUGCCCGGUGGCCCGGCCAGUGGUACCGAUGGCACAAACGGAUCAGGUCCAGCAACCGGCGGCACCUUCACCAGGAAGUCUGGUGUCAUCAACGGUAACAACCUGUACGGUGGUGGGUUCGAGAAAGAAAAAGCGACGGAAAGAGACAAUGCCACCGUGAUCUCCAAUCCCGGAGUUGAGGGCAUUUUUAGUGAUAAGAACGGGAACAUGGGUUCGACAGACACAAUUGACGAUGGCACCGGUAAGCCGAACGGUCGAUCCACGCCCCGACUACAGCCGCCGAAAAAGGACGCAUACGGCGCCCCGUAUCGCAACAAUCGGUUCGGCUUCCGCACAUCCAACGUGGUUCGGCCGGCUUCAGUCGGUCUUCAACCGAAAUCCAUUGGCGACUAUGACAAACAACAUUCCACUAAUGUUAACAAUAACAACAACAACCAAACUAAUAACAAUAACAACGUGUACAUAACCGACAAACGUCGCUCGAAGAGUGCUUCCUCGGCAACGGCAACGGCACGCACAACAUUCACACCUUUGCAGCAAGUGCCGUCCCAGAUUCAACAGGAACGGGCGUCCGCCUUGCCACAUCACGCCAUCGGCGCACUUCAGAAGCCGUUGCCGAAAUAUCAAUCGGCCAACGGUGCGACCAAAAUAACUUCAUCGGACUCGGACUCCGCCAACGGGUCGCAACAAGUGAUGACGAAAUGCGAUCAAGCGGAGCAUAAAAAUACUUCCCAGAAUGCAUCGGUGGCGUUGAACGGAGGAUGCUGGGAUGAUCAGCAGCACCAGUCGAAUGUAAAUAAUAGCAACGGCCGGCAGUACGUCUCGUCGGUUGCCAACACCGCACAGCACCAUGCCGCCUCUAAUGCAAUAACAAAAAUCGGAUCAAAAACAGCUGCAGCUAACAAUCAGGAAACAGCUUCGGUAGCAAAAUUUACCCUCCACAGUUCCAGUCUCCCCAAGCCACAGUAUCCGGUGCCCAUCAGUCUUUCUUCGGCCAAUCCUCGCUAUGACAUGGAUCCGAAGGGUGCCAAGCAAGCGGUCAACAUCAGCCGUAAAGGAACCAUGCAGGGCAACCAGCAAAUCUAUCAACGAGAACCUUCGCCGGACCAACUGUCUGAUCUCAACCCAAAUGUGGAUACCACGUCCAACAUUCGUAUGCCUCGGCUUCGCUACCGCAGCCUGGAAAUGGUCAUGAGUGGCCGUCACAAGUUUGAAGUUCGUGAUCUCGAAACCCUAACGGCCGAACCAAUUGUUUCGUUGGCUUUGCCAAAACUUCCCGACUCGUUUAAUUCCGACGGCCAACCACAACCGAUCGGUAUGAGUGGCUUGGUACGAUCGUCCGAACUUCCUCGUCAGCUAAGUGACGAUAUUGACAUCAAUGACAAUCGCUACGAAUCGGAACAAGCCCCGAUGGAACGUAAGGAUUCGAUUGUAUCUUCCGAUUUAGAGAGUUUAGAGGAAGAGAAGCUCACACGUGACAACAACUCUUCUGAAAAAAGUUUGAAGGGUGCGAUCAUUAAGGACCUAAUUGAGUCUCACUGCAGCAAGGUGUCCUCUCCGGGCAGCUCCAGGGCAUCUUGGUGUAACGCCGGUGAAACAAUGGCUGCCAAAGAUUGCAGCAGCUUCAGCUUAAGUAGCGACGAAAGCAAUGCAAAUCCACAGCUUCGUGACAAAAAGCGAUUCGUCGAGGAGGAAGAUAUUAGUUCCGUUACGAUCACCGCUGGCAAUCCGUCUUUCAUGUCAUCAAUCUCCGGAGCGGUUCCGAUGGACAUUUCGGUAAACCUGGACAGUAUAUCCGAACCCCAGAACAACUUAUCCGAUGAACCCGACAACAACGGAAUCUUUCGUACCGAAGAAACUAAAUUUGCCGAAAUUGCCGCCGCUGUCGGUGACAAUCUUCUACUGGACGACGAGACAUCUCCAACGGACAGUUUGGUCAGCAGUUGCACCGACUCGGACGAUGCACGCAAAAAUCGCAAAAAAGCGACCGAACCGAAGCUGGAUAAGAUCGAGAAGGAGAAAGACAUCGACGAGAUAUCGCCCGAACUGGAUGAACUGACCAGUCCGGUGACACCCGGGACGCCGACACACGCAUCCAACUCGUUGUCCCUGUCGGACGUUGGUCGAGAUUUUCUGAUAGACGAUGAAAUUGCUGAUCAACCUGAGCUGGUUUUCGAUGAGCCGGCCCUCAACGAUAGCAGCAUGGUCGAUUUGGGUUCGAUCCACAUAAACAUUACGGAUGAUGCUGCGACUCUGCGAGAUUCUCUAUCGUCACUGAAUAACAAUAAAAUUGCGUCCAAGAGUGCUGCACCAGUGCCAAAGCCAAGAAAAAUUAUGUCCGACAUAUACGAAUCACCGGCAUCGAUCAGAAAGAACCGAACCCGGCUAUCCCGUGCCGAAUCCCUUGAUACGCUGUCGCCGUGCGAUUCGAUCGCGUCGGACGACUACAUGCUGGAUUUCAACAGUAGUAUGGACUCAAUUGACAGACCACUACGUUCGACUGCCAGCGGAAGUGCUUCGGCUCUGCACUCGAUGCAUGAGCUGCAACUUUGGUCGGAACUCGAAACCAAAGGUGGCACACUGAUGCACGAAUGGAGCAAGCUGCUGCGUCAAACACAGCGAAGCAACAACAACAACAAUAACAACACGAGCCGGGAAAGCAUAACAUCCCAGCUGCCUACCAGGGCUACCCGGCUGUUGACACGUCGUCUGCAGAACAAUGCAACCCCGACAAACUGCGGAAUCGGUGGAUCCGACAGUCCUCGUUCGAUGGACAGUUUGCCGCGCCGAACGGGCCUUUCGGCGGCAUACAAAACGGCUACUCUCAAUCAGUUUAACGGUAUGAACAACAACAACAACAUCAGCAAUAACAACUUGGAUUCGAUCUCGACGGCUACCAAUUCGGCGGAAGAUCUUACCUUGCUGGACAAGUCCCUGCGUAACACGAUGCUCCAGGAUGUGGUACACUUUAAAAAGCAGCUGGUGCGACUUCGUCGGAUUCUGCAGGAGGAUGAAGAAAAUUUGAUGACGACCGAUACUCUCAACCCAUUUGAAAACAAUAAUGGGCAAUUCUUCACAACCGCCACGGCCGCAACAACAGCCACAACCACGACGACGGCGGACGCCACGGCGCUGCCUGAUGGAGGUGCGCCGGCUUCCGGAGCAAGCAUCUGCAGCGUUGACAGCAAACAGCAGGAAAAUCUUCUGAUCAAAGAGUCCGGCGUUGUGGCACUGGCUCUGCUCGAGGACCAGCGGCAGGAGCUGGCAGAUCUCAGAAGACAGGUGGUUUACCUUCAGGGCGAGAUGACAGCCAAAGACCGCACCAUCCGGCAGCAGCAGAAUCUGAUCGAAAAAUACGAAGCCGAACGGGAGAAACUUCAGGCAGGCCUACCGACUGCUCCCGACGGUUCUACAGGGGAUUCGUCAAACGAUAAGACUAUUGAUACAAUCAGCACAGCGACACAGACUGAGAGGUUGAGGCCACUAUCUUUCGGCGGCCCGGAAGGAUUAGCAAGUCGAAGUGAACCGUCAACUCCACUACCAGGGCCACCGCCCCGCAAUGGACUACGGUCUCCCGCAACCGCCAACAGCAGCCGCACAUCGCUGAACCUUAAACCAAAAACGCAAAUCUCAUCUGUCUACACGCAGCUGUCAUCCAUCAAGCACUCGAACUACAACGGGCCCGUUUCCAAUGCAGCUCUGGCCACGCUGAGCCACAAACGAUCUUCCCUGGGUUCCAGUGGUAACCUUAGCAACAUACCAACUACCGGUGGCAGUGGUGGCGCGCCUACGAAAACCGUUCGUACCACCCACAUCGGUAACGUGUUGACAUCUAGCAAAUUCCACCAAGCAAACUCUAGCCCAACAAGCACGUCAUCAUCGCAACCGCCAACCGCUAACGGUACCAAAUUGUUCAAAAGCUCAGUUCGUACUCAAUUCAACGGCGGAAAUUCCGCAUCGCCCACCAAAGUCAGUGCGGUUUCACCCAGGCGAACUUCCGCCAUCAAACCGCCAUCUUCUUUCGGGAACAAUGCAUUCCCGGAUACACCGCCUACUUCGCACAAAUCCAAAUCGGCACCGGUUACCCCCAUGAUAGAACGUGUAUCCUCGUCUCCACAACAAGCCUGCGGUGUGCAAAUCGUUAUCGAAAAAGGCGAUAAUGUCAUCAAACCAGUUAGUGUGAAGGAAAAUGGCUUUUAUGGACCGCAGAACGGUUGUCCCCAGGCACAGCAGCCAGACGACGGUAACAAUAACAAACGCAACGGUCAACCGGAGAGUGAUGAUGGUGAUUACAAAGAGACGGAAAAGGACGCGAUCAACAGUAAGAUCAAUAGUGUUAAACUAGCAAACGGAUUGACUGGGUGUAAUGAUACAAGUAGUAGUAAGGAAAGUAGUUUAGUUAUCUAGUAUGAUAAGAGAAUGAUUAUUUAUAUAUUUAAAUAAAACAAAAACAAAACCUUUGAAAGCAAAUCUGGUAAAUACUAUGCAUAAAUGUGAUCCUAUAACCUAAAUUAUGUGCUUAAUAAACAAGUAUUUACUCGAUGCAACAUUUAUAGUACACCUUUGAAUAUUGACAUACGGGCUUGAGCAUCUAGAAGAAGAAGAAAAAAUACUACCUAGGGCAUGGCAGUUCAAUUUGAACUGCUUUAAGCACUGACGCGCCGAAGGCGAAACGCGAAGAAAUAGAAACCAAGCAGAUUUUUGGAACAACCAUACAAUCAACAAGUCCAUUUUGUCAAAUAGAACAUUUCCGUUUUUGGACACGCAAUCGCGGGAACGUAUUCUGUCAAAAUUGAAAUGCUAGAAAGAAGCUAAAAAUUGUGACCUAGAUAAAAUUGUUUUCUACUCUACUAGAGAUUUGUGCAAUCAUAUUAGACAUGCUGUUUUUUUUUAUUUUAAAUCCUAUUGAAUUUAAGUUUUUAUCAUUAUUUCAAUGACGUUGAACAUUCGAGCGCCCUAGCGGUUGCCGGUAACGAAUAGCGAAUACAUAUUACUAUUAUUAUUAUUAUUAUUAUUAUUACUAUUAUGAAUAUUAAUAACAACAUUAUUCUAAUGGAUGAGUUUAAAACAAAUUCUAAACUUCCUAUUGAUCGACAUAAAACAAAAAGCUCUGAGUUCCAACGAACUGAGUAUUGAGUGAAACUCAAUCCUCCAGACAGUAUAACACACAAUUCAAAGUAAACUCAAUAUACAUACAUACCAACCAACCAACCAACCAAUCAACCCGAGCAACUAUAAUCUGUACCGAAUCGGGAUAGUGAACCGAUCGAUCGACCCAGCAACAUAAAAUUGUGAACGUAAAAAUUUUGAAUCGGUAUCAACUCUGCAAACCAGCCGUUUGGCCGUACAUUUGGGAUACGUUGAUUACUGUACAUUUAAUGGAAAAUAUAUUUCCCAGAAGUUCAAAA